CGAUGACAGUGCAGUGGCAGCGCUUCGCGAAGGGCACUCUCGUCGCCCCGGUCCACUCUCCUUUUUCCGCCGGCGGCGGCGCGACCGCAGCGUGCGCCUCCAUCGCCGGCCAGGCGCGCUACCUAGUCGCUGAGGGCUUUAACGCUGUCUUUGUCUGCGGCACGAACGGCGAGUCCUUCUCCUGCUCGCUCGCCGAGCGCAAGGCGAUGCUCGAGAUGUGGAUGAAUACGGAGGAGGUCCGGGCGAAGAAGCUGCGCGUGCUGGCCCACGUCAGCUGCCUCGCUCCGCCCGAGACGGUCGAGCUGGCGAGGCACGCGGCGGCCCUCGGCGUGGAUGCCGUCUCGUACAUGGUGCCGUGCUUCUUCAAGCCGGUCGGCGACGCCGCCGUCGCGAAGAUGCUCGCCGACUUUGCCCUGGCGGUGCCGACGACUCCGGUGCUCUUUUACCACUUCCCGGACAUGACUGGCGUGGCGUGCAGCAUGGAGCGCGUGCUGGUGGCGGCCAGGGAGGCGGCGCCGAACGUCGUGGGCGCAAAGUUCACGCACAACGACCUCGCGGACAUGCAGGCCUCGAUCCGGGCCGGCUUCGACGUCCUCAUCGGCAGCGGCGACGAGCUGCUUCUGCCCAGCCUCGUGCUCGGCACCGCCGGCGGCUUCUCUGUGCCGGGCAUGAUGGGCGGCAACCGCGCCAUCCUCGGCAUCUUCGAAGCGUACGAGCGGGGCGACCUGGCCGCCGCGGCAGAGUAC